AGGAGUUAGAGAAGGAGAACUCAGAGGCAAAAACUUUAUCCACGUAAGAGAGGACUCUUGGAAGUUCUUUCAGCACACUGGAUAACAUCAAGAACAUUUUUCUGUGGAUUAAUGUUGCCAUAGUUUAUUGGAUUAAGGAUUGCAGAAGGAGCUGAAGGAGGGAGUCAUGAGGGUCAUCUGCUCCUCUCUGGUUCUUCUGACCAUCUGGUUGGGUUAUGGGGGUCGACUGGCAUUAGCUCAAGGUGUCAGAUGCCCAUCCAUCCAGGUAGAAGACUGGAAGUUUCCUCAGACUGCAAGACUCAACAUCACAGGUUUCAAUCUUGUGCGCCGUUUCUCCCUGAUGAAGAACAGCGAGGUCAAGAAGAUCCGAAACCCAAGAGGCCCUGUCAUCUUCCGCCUUGGGAAAGUCCAACUCAUCCAACCUACAAAUCAAGUGUUUCCUCACGGACUGCCAGAGGAGUUCACCCUGGUCUUUACCCUGCUGUUGAAGAAGAAAAGUUUGAAUGAUAACAUUUACCUUUUCCAGAUAUCAGAUGAGCAUGGUUAUCCUCAGUUCUCACUGGAUUGGAAUGGGCCAGAUGGCAACCUGGCUCUCCGGGCAAGAGCGGCUGACCCUGAAGGGUCCAUGGUGGGGUGCGUGUUUGAAGGUGAUGGUGUUGAUUCUCUGAUGGACAUGCGCUGGCACAAGGUGGCUUUGAGUCUGCAGAGAGAUGCUGCCUCCCUGCACGUGGACUGCAGCUCCAUUGAAACCAAGCCCCUGGAGCUCCGUGGCCAGCUGCCCAGCAGUGGAGACACACUGUUGGGUAUGAGAGCAACUGAUGCUGACCCUGUCGAGAUUGAUGUGCAGCAGGUGAUGGUGUAUUGUGACCCUUCUCUGGCCAUCCAGGAGGCCUGCUGUGAGAUACCUGGAGCUCGGUGUCCAUCAGAUACCCCGAAGAGUCGGCGAGCUGCAGAGAACCAGGUUGAGUUUGUGCCCAAUCCCUUUGCUCAGGCAAUCUUUGGAUCAAAGGAUCUGGCAGAAAAAUGUGCAGGCUGUGUGUUGAUCAGUGAGGAACAGAGUGUUAUUCAGGAGGGUUACACAGGUCAACAAGGCAUCAAAGGAGAGAAAGGAGACCGGGGUUUGGACUGCACUGCUGCUGGAGUUCCUGGACGAUGCUCAGAAGGCGCUAAGGGAGAGAAAGGAGAGAAGGGAGAGUCGGGUCUACCUGCCAAUUGGGGUGAAGCUAUAGGUGUGAAGGGAGACAAAGGGCAGAAAGGGGAGGUCGGAGCCCCAGGUGUGGCUGGAAGUCCGGGCAAAGAUGGUCGAGCUAAUCCUAUUUGUGUGGUGGGCCCUAAAGGGCAAAAGGGUGUUCCUGGUGCAGUUGGUCCAGAGGGGCUUGCAGGGGAACCGGGCCGCCCAGGGAUUCCUGGACUACCAGGAGUUGGCAAACCAGGACCACCAGGGCCCCCUGGUGGACCUGCAGGAUCAAAAGGGGACAAAGGGGAUUCUGGCAUUCCUGGUAAAGAUGGAAGUCCUGGAGAACCUGGUCCGAGAGGAACUUGGGGCCCAAAAGGCGAGAAGGGAGAAUCAUGUGAACCAUGUCCAGUGGUUUCUUUAGACUCUACAGGCAACACUGUGGCCCUUGAGGGCAAGCAGGGGCCAAAAGGAGAACCAGGGGCCCCAGGCAUAGGAGAACAUGGUCCACCGGGUCCUCCAGGACUAGAUGGCAAAGCAGGAGAAAAGGGGGAGCCAGGAGCGAACGGGACCAAAGGGGAAAAGGGUGAACCCUGUACAGGCUGCCCUGUCAUUGGAGAUCUUCCUGCAGGUCUUCUGAAUCAGGCUAAGAAGGGAGAGAAGGGAGAUACAGGCGUUGGACAGAAAGGAGAGCAGGGAGAGCCCGGUCAAAGUGGCCUUGCUGGAUUGAAAGGGGAAAAGGGUAAUGCUGGCAGCAGAGGACCUGAGGGAAAAACUGGCAAACCAGGUCCAAGAGGGCAAAGUGGAAAGGAUGGACAGAAAGGAGCUAUGGGUGAUCCUGGACAACCCGGUAUUGGGUCAUCUGGUCCAAAAGGUGAAAAGGGAGAGUCAUGUGGUGUGUGCCAAACCAAUCUCUCUGAGGUGGGAGGAGGCCCAUCUACAAUAAAGGUUGCAGGGGAACCUGGCCCACCAGGACCACCAGGGCCACCAGGAGGAGUCGUUGAGGGCAAGCAGGGGCCACCAGGACUUCAGGGGUUUAAAGGACAGAAAGGUGAUCAGGGUCUACAGGGUGACUCAGGUGUUGCUGGGACACCUGGAGCCCCAGGACUUCAGGGUGAACCAGGAAGAAAUGGCCUUGAUGGACUAAAAGGAGAAAAGGGAGAUGCGUGUGACAGCUGUCCAUCACUCCCUGAAGGAAACGGCAAUGUAGUUGGCUUACCAGGACUCAAGGGAGAGAGAGGAGAGCCAGGUUUGCCAGGGGAGGGCAGAGAAGGGGAACGGGGUAAACCAGGCCCACCUGGUGUCCAGGGGCCUCCAGGGCUCAAAGGCAGCCAGGGUGAUGCUGGACCUGCAGGAAUUGGUCUUCAAGGCCCACAGGGUGAGCAGGGGCCUAGAGGUUUUCCUGGAGCUGCUGGUCCUGAAGGACAACAAGGACCUGCAGGGCCAGUGGGACCAGUGGGACAGAGGGGACUAAAGGGAGACAGGGGACCACCAGGGCCUCAGGGGCCAAUGGGAAUGGGAGCAAUUGGACCUCCGGGUAGAGAUGGUAACAAAGGGACGUCUGGAACCCCAGGGCUGGAUGGAACCCCUGGAGCCACUGGGCCUAAAGGUGACAAGGGUGAACCAGGAGAGUGCAACUGUCUGCAUCAUACAUUCCCGGGAACUGGUGGGCCUGGUGUCCCAGGUGGUGAGAACAGGUGGCAGCCUGGUCCUCAGGGGCCUCCUGGACCACCAGGCCCUCCAGGUCCUCCUGGGCCCCAGGGCUUCAUUGGAAUACCAGGACCACAGGGUAUCCCUGGCAUCGAUGGCCUAGCAGGGAAACCGGGUCCACCCGGCCAAGCACCUAUUGUUGCUCUGCCUCAGGAUGAAUCCUCCUCUGGCAAGGAGGGGUGUAGAGAAUGCUCCAAGGGCCUACCAGGUGUGCCCGGCAUGGUUGGUGCUAAGGGUGAGAAGGGAGAUCAGGGCAAGCCUGGUGUUGUCCCCUUAGAAGGAUGCGAGCGGUGUCUAGAGCAGCUGCAGAGAGAGCAAACACCAAGUGGACCUACUGGUAACAGUGGUCAGUGCGUCGGUUCUCCAGGGAUGCCGGGUAUCCCAGGGACCCCAGGGGCCAAAGGAGAGCCAGGUCCUAGGGGUGAGCGAGGACCUUUUGGACUUCAAGGAAACCCGGGCAAUAUUGGUUUGCCUGGCCCUCAAGGACCCUCUGGACUGCCUGGUCAGCAAGGUCAGAGAGGAACAGAUGGGCUUACAGGACAGAAAGGUGAACAGGGUCCACCUGGAAACCCUGGCUAUCCGGGAACAAUGGGACCACCUGGACUCCCUGGACUAAAAGGAGAGCGUGGCAGUCCAGGCAGUGCGGGGCAGAAAGGAGAAACUGGCCCACCAGGAUCUCCAGGUUAUCAAGGACCAGUCGGCCCAGCAGGUCCUAAAGGGGAAUCAGGAACAGCGGGACCCGUGGGACCAAAGGGAGAUCAGGGUUUCCAAGGAUCCCAAGGAUUCCCAGGACAACCGGGCCCUCCAGGUUUCCCAGGAAAAUCAGGUCCCCCAGGCCCUCCAGGGCCACAGGCAGAGAAGGGUACUGUUGGAGUUCAGGGCCCACAGGGACCUUCAGGUUCCCCAGGAUCACCUGGGGCCCCAGGCAUGCCUGGACCACCUGGAAUGGAGGGACAUAAUGGAAAGGAUGGAAAACCAGGUUUACGGGGUGAGCCAGGACCAGCUGGCCCAGCAGGACUCAGGGGAAUACCGGGUUUCAAGGGCAUCAAAGGACACACAGGUCUCCCAGGAAUGAAGGGAGACAGAGGACCUCAGGGACCUGCUGGAGCAACAGGAAGGCCUGGUCUAGAGGGUGAUCCUGGCCCUCCUGGGCCACAAGGACCACCUGGAGCACCAGGGCAUAUGGGUGCUUCAGGUCCUCCAGGGCCAGCGGGACCAGUUGGGCCAUCUGGAGUGGGCAUUAAUGGAGAAAAGGGGGAAGAAGGAGAGAGAGGACAGGCUGGAUUACCCGGCCCCCCAGGACUUCCUGGUUAUCCAGGACUGAUGGGUGAACCAGGAAGUGAUGGAGCAGCAGGUAAAGAUGGAGCCGCAGGCCUGCCAGGAGAACCUGGUCCACAGGGACAGAAGGGUGAGGCAGGUACAGCAGGCCAGAGGGGACCCCCAGGAGAACGAGGACGUCCUGGCCCACCAGGAGGAGGCUUUGGGUUUGGCUCUAAAGGACCAGAAGGGAUCAUAGGACCAGCAGGACCACGUGGCGAGAGGGGAAGCCCAGGUUCACCUGGACCAGCUGGGGUCCCUGGAUCACCAGGAAUCCCAGGAAAUGAUGCUGUUGUGAACUAUGAUGAUUUAAGGUCCUUCAUCAGACAGCAAGUCAUAAAGAUCUUUGAUGAGCGCAUGGGCUACUACAUGUCACGAAUGCAGAUGCCAGUUGAGAUGGUCGCAUCCCCUGGUCGACCGGGACCCCCAGGGAAAGAUGGAAGUCCUGGAAUCCCAGGGCCCCCAGGGAUUCCAGGCAGUCCUGGGCAGAUUGGCCGUGAGGGAAGGCAGGGGCCCAUGGGCCCACCUGGUGCCCCUGGUGUAAAGGGAGAGAAAGGAGAUAAAGGUGUAGGAGAGAUGGGAGACAGUGGUCCUCCAGGUGCUCCAGGUGUGCCUGGUCCUCCUGGUUACGGUAAGAUGGGACCACCCGGUCCUUCUGGUCAGCAGGGCAUCCCCGGGGUUUCUGGACCUCCAGGGACCCCUGGACAGAAGGGCAAGGAUGGCCGUUGUCACCCGUCAGACUGUAUGAGGAUGCCUGUGGAGUACAACCCCAAAGGUCCCCCUCCCAUAGGUCCCAUGUACUAGAAGAGCAUGUGAGAGGGUCUAAGAGAGGUAAAAGAUGGAGGAUGAUACCCAAUGAUUGGCAUUCUCUCAAUGACUUACCUGUACCUACUAAGGCUUCAGAGAAGAACCAUGGAGAACCAAAGGAUUAGUGUGCAUUUAUUUCACAAUGAGCAAGCCACUGAUGCCAGGCCACUCACUGAUUCAUCACCAAAGUGGACAUUUAUAAGCUGUUGUUUGCUUUUGAACCAAUGCAGAAUGGCAGUGCAUUCUCUACUACCACUACAACCGGUGCAAAAUGCAAAACCCAGUGCAUUGAACCUUCAACCUUAUCCCAAAAUGCCACACUUGCAUCAUAAAUGUUUUUGAAUAUGAUUUAUUAUAGCAAAUGGAAGACUCCUAGAUUCACAAGAUACUCUUAACUUUACAUACAUGACGUCCCUGAACAAUUGUGUAUAUUAGCUUAAAUGAUUUGUAUUGGUGACAAGAUUUAUUUAGGAAUCAGAUUUCAGCAUUUCAAUAAGCCUACAGGCCCCACUAAAGAUAUCCGUUAGUUGCCUUUGACACCUCACAUCAAUGCUCUUUGUAUUCUAUUAAAUUAAUUUUGUGAAUUAAAUACAAGUUAAACAGAUAGUUUAUUCAAAAAUGAAAUGUAUUUAAUCGUUUACUCACCCUCAUGUUGUUCCAGACAUGUAUGCCUUUUUUUUAUCGCUUGGAACACAAAAAGAAAUGUUUGGCAGAAUGUUAAACUAUGUCACCAUUCACUUUCAUUGCACCUUUUUUUUUUUUUUUUUUUUUUCGCCAUACAGUGAAAGUGAAUGGUGACUGAGUCUAACAUUCUGCCAAACAUUUCUGUUUAUUUCGUGUUGACAUUUUCAUUUUUGGGUGAAUUAUCCCUUUAAGUCCUAUCAACAGCUUCUGUGGCAUGCUGAAAAUAAACAAAAAACUGUUGACACAUGCACUUACAAUGGAAGUCUAAGGGGCAGCUGCUGCAUGCUUACUAGGGCUGUUUGAUUCCAGAAAUGUGGAACUCGACUCUAUUCCUGCAUCGAUUCCAAGAGUCCAUUCCAGACUAAUUUUUUUGAUUCCGAAAAUAACAGGAAGUAAAGUUAAAUCUCAUAAUAAACAGCUCACUACUAAGCAUUCUUUGCACUAUUUAUAACUGCAUGAAUUACAUUUACUAUUAAUAGGUCCAUUCUAAAAUUAAAUCAGGGCCUAUAUGCACAUACCAAAGCGUGAUCAGUCCCAUGAGAUACAUUUGAGGGAAGUUUGAGUAGAUGCACAUGUGUUCCAAAGAACUACCACAAAUAAUCUUAAAAGCACCAUUUAACCUACAUUGGAAUUGUCUGUUACCACUCACGAGAACCGUCCACUACCUUUUGUACUCUGAAUAAAAUGUCCAAACCAUACACUUCAGUUUUAUUUAAAAAUCCAGGUUGUUGUACUGGUUUAUUUCAUACAAUUUAAAAAAAAAUAUAGAUUUUAUAACGUGUACUUAAAAUUAUUGUUUUUGAAUUUGAUUUCAUAAAAUAAUUUUAAAUAAAAAUUGUGUAAAAUGUAGGCUACAUAAAAAUAUAUAUAUGUGCAAAAGGUUUUAAAGCACUAAAAUGUCUAGAACAAGUAGAGAAGCAUUACAUUGUCGCUUUUAUAAGUGCAGCACAUUGAUCAUUUAAACUUAAACAUACCGAUUUGUUGAUGUGAACUAGGAAGCUAACUCAACUCUGCCAUCUCCUUGUUGCAGACUUGUUUUGUUGUAACAUCGGGGAAGUCGUUUGUUAUCGUAUGCUAAUUUACUGUCACAAAUUUGGCAUGUUAUUUGAUUUUAAUCCAAAGUAAAAUACCAGCAAACAAUACAGGUCUGGAAAGCAGAUAUGUUGAACUGUGUGAUUGCUUCAUACAGAUGAAAAAACAGAGUGGAUUUACAGAUGCUGACGGACUACAAAAGACUCAGAGUCAGGUUGAUGAUUGUUAAGAUGCAGUUAUUUUAUAAUUCUUUUGUAAAUUGAUUUAGUGCUGUUAGGCUUCUGAAAUGUGUAGUAGUUCAGUGGUUGAGGAAAUAAACACAGUCCAAAAAUAUCAACUGGUUUCCCUGAAAGGGAGUCGAUUCCCAGCCCUAAUGCUUGUCCCAUAGACUUCCAUUGUAUGUGCAUUUCUGUGUGCACGUCUAUAUUGUUUGUUUGUUUUUACAAACUAAGGUACGUAAGGUCAAAAGGUGGGUUGAAAUUAUUUUCUGUGGUUAUCAACAGAAUGCCACAGAUGAAAGAGCUUAACUUGUAUUUAAACUGGAAUAUUCCUUUAAGAAUAUUUUUGGCAGCUGCUAAAUUUCUGUUUUGGCAUAUACAGUGUGGCAUAAAUAUUUUUUGCCAAUAAAAAUGUCCUUCCACAGUUUGUUGAAGACUGAAAUAAUAAUUUUGAGGUUAUCAUUAGGCAUAGAUAUGGUUCCUGUGAUUAAUUAUGUUAAUUAUUAAAAUUAACUUCCCUGAGGGCUUGUGUUGUACAUAUUUAUAUGUAAUGGCUUUUUGUACUUUUUAUAAAUUUGACAUCAGCAUGGCAGCCCUUGUUAUUGUCACUUUGUCUCAGAUAUUUUGGAAUAUUGUGAAAUUUUAUAAGCUUUAAACAAAUGGAUGUUUUGUAUGCAGUUUUGGGUUGGAAAGCAAACUUGUAUAAGUUUGUAAGUUUGUAUUUGUAUAAGUUUGUUAGUGACACCUAGGCUAUCUCUCUGUGAGCUCUGUGAUGACAUCUCAUCCAACAUGCUGGGCUCUUAAACUUGAAUUUACUUCUCUGAUAUGCUGUACCACUUGCCAGUGAACCAUCAUGUGCUUUUAGAAUGCUCUAAUCUUAAGUAAGCUUUGCUAGUCAUCUUGAAAAACAUCAGUUCCCCAUCCUUCAUCAUUCAGUUUUCAUCUUCUCUAAAGCUAAAUGCAAACCACCAGAAAGCUGUUCACUGUUUCUCAGUAAUUCAGUACUCUGCUGCGGUAGGCAGUCCGAUGCUUUAUCAUCUCUUUGUCACUCCUAUACCUGCUCUGUGUGUGUAUUAGCUAUACUUAGCUAUAGUUUGGGGACAAAUCAGUCCAUAGUAUGUAUAACAUAUGGGUUUCCUUUUCUAUACUUUGGAAACAACAUGGUCCUCAGAAGUUAGCUUAAUCUGACAAAACUUCCCUUUGUGGACAUUCUCAAUUGGAAAAUGACAUAAAGCCAAUAAUGUUUUUGUAACACUUUACAAUAAGGUUCUAUUUGUUAAAAUUAGUAAUUGUAUAAGGUGUCAAGAACUAACAAUGAACAAUAUAUUUUUACAGCAUUUAUUAAUCUUGGUUAGUGUUAAUAUUUAAAGAUAGCCUACAGUUUUUCACUGUUGGUUCAAGCUGGUUAAUAAUGCAUUAACAAAUGUUAACAUACGCAACUUUUAUUUAAAAAAAAUGUAUUAGUAUAUGUUGAAAUUAACAUUAACCAAGAUUACUAUGAGCUGAAAAAGUAUUGUUCAGUAAUAGUUCAUGUUAGUUUACUAUUGUUUCAAAAAUACAACAUAUUGUAAGGAGUAGGUAGGAUAUUACAAUUAGCUUUAUGUAAAAAGUUGAUGGUAUGUCUCUGUUUAGAUAUUUCAGAAAAUCAAUGUGUGUACGUGUGUGUAAAGGUAGAGAGAAAGAGUCUGCAUCCAUAUUAGGAGGAUAACUUUGUCAGAGCUUAUAAGUUUAGUUUUUCUGAGAGCAGUGAGAAUUCAAAUUCUCAAAUUAUGCAGUUUUCAAAGGUGAACAUUUGAAUGAAUUUCAUAUUGGCUUUUCAGCCUUUUAUUUAUCCCAAGCUUUUAAAAAUCCCUCCCAUCAUGCAUCUCAUCAUAGCGAUGUUUGUGUCAGCAAGUAAUUUGUGUGCAAAUCCUUUUUUGAAGAAACCUAAAUGCAAUAAAACUUUGAAAGCAGAA